AUGGGUAUUAAAGCACUAGCAAACGUAAUAUCAGAAGAAUCACCGAAAGCUAUAAAACAUACAGAUAUUAAAUCACUCUUUGGUAGGAAAGUCGCUAUAGACGCUUCGAUGUCGAUAUACCAAUUCUUGAUAGCGGUUAGACAGCGCGAUGGUGAACAAUUAAUGAGUGAUACAGGUGAAACUACCUCACAUUUAAUGGGUUUCUUCUAUCGUACUCUUAGAAUGGUAGAUAAUGGUAUAAAACCGUGUUAUGUAUUCGAUGGUAAACCACCAGAUCUCAAAUCAAACGUUUUGAAAUCUCGUUUUGAGAAGAGAGAAGAUGCGACUGAACAGGGUGAAGAAGCUAAAGAAACCGGUGAUGCAGAAACUAUCGAUAGAUUAUCGAGACGUACUGUCAGAGUAACUAAAGAGCAUAACAUGGAAUGUAGAAAGUUGCUCAGAUUGAUGGGUAUACCCGUAGUAGAAGCACCAUCAGAAGCUGAAGCUCAAUGUGCAGAGUUGGUGAGAGGUGGUAAAGUUUGGGCUGCAGGUAGUGAAGAUAUGGAUACCCUCACUUUUGGUGCCCCUAUCUUGCUUAGACAUUUGACAUUCUCAGAGCAGAAGAAAGAGCCAAUUAGUCACUACUAUCUCGAAGAAGCACUCACUGGCUUGGAAAUGGGUCGCGAGCAAUUCACAGAUUUAUGUAUCCUUCUCGGAUGUGACUACCUAGAGCCAGUUAAAGGCGUUGGUCCAUCUACAGCUCUCAAAUUAAUUAGAGAAUAUGGAUCUUUGGAUGAAAUCGUCCCAAUGUGUAGAGCAAAUCAAGAGAAGAGAGCAAAGGAGUUAGAAAAGAUCAAAGAAGAGGAAGAAGAGAAGGAUAAAGAGGAUAAACUCGAAAGAGAAGAAUCUAAUAGUGAGAAUGAAGAUGAAUCACCGAAGAAAAAGACGACCAAAAAGAGAGGUAAACAACCAAAAACUAAAUCGGGUCCAGUUAUCCCAGAUUUCUGGCCAUAUGAGAGAGCUCGCGAGUUGUUCUUGAAACCAAAUGUACAAUCGGCUGAUGAAGUUGAGCUCAAUUGGGAACAUCCUGAUGUCGAUGGAUUAGUACAAUUCUUGUGUCACGAGAAAGGGUUUGCAGAGGAUAGAGUCAGGAAAGGUGCUGAUAGACUUAUCAAAAUGCUUAAUACCAAACAACAAGGGCGUCUUGACAGUUUCUUUUCAGUCAUUCCAAAGGCAAAUGACGACAAAAAGACAGAUAAGAAGGGCAGCAAACGCAAAGGUGACGAUACGAAAGGUAAAACCAAUAAGAAAACAAAGAAGUAGUUCAAAACUAUACAUAAAUUCUAGCGUAUUUGCUUGUAUACAUCUUGGUAUUUAUUGAAUGAUUGUUUAUGAAAUAUCAAUCCUUCUGCCUUCCUUUGCUGAUUGGUGAGCCAACUCGAUCAAUCUGAUUGUAAGAGCAGCUGAGUAUGGAUCGACAGCAAGGGGUUCAGUUUUGUUGAUAGAUUUUGCGACAUUUCUGUAAAAGUCAAUCCAAGCACCUUUGGUCGUUUCUAUAGUUUCAGUUUUGAGGUCACUAGAUGUGUAUGUACCAUAUGCACUCUUGUCGUCAACACCAAACUUAGUAUCAAGUGCCUUAAGACCGUCCUUAAUUUGUGCUUCUUGAACGUCGAAGCCAUAUUUCAAGAAUGAUCCUUCUGUACCACUGACUUUAUAUCUCAAUUGAUCGUUAAAGCAGGCGAGUACUGAUGCGCCAGCUGUAAAAGUAAGUGGGAUCUUGUUGUUGUAGUGCAAGUGAACCAAAAAGCUAUCGUCGACAUUUAAGUCACCUUUUUGACGACUAUUUUGUACUAUAGCACUGAUUUGUUGUGGUUUACCGAAAAGGUUGACAGCUUGAUCGAUCAAGUGGCUACCUAAAUCAAAUAAGACACCAGAACCUGGCGCAUUCUCCUCACGCCAGCCAGAUUUUGGUGUUGGUCUGUACCUGUCAAAACGGGAUUCGAAUGAACUAAUUUCACCCAAUUUACCUUCUUUUAUGAGCUUGCUAACGGUAAGGAAAUCACCGUCGUAUCUUCUAUUGUGGAAAACGGCCAAAAUGAGAUCAUUUUUAGUUGCUAAAUCUGCCAAUUCUAAAGCCUGUUCUGAUGAUGGCGUAAUUGGCUUCUCAAUAACGACGUUCUUGCCAUGUUUGAGGGCUUCCUUUGUGAGAUCGUAGUGUGAAGUAUUAGAAGUAGUAAUAACGACGAGUUGAACACUGCUAUCGUUAAGAAUAUCCUCAUAUUUAUUAACAACAGUGAAUGGCUCUAAAUGUUUCCAUUUAUCCUUAGCUACGCUGUUAUCUUUCGUAGCCUUACGUUCAAGUACAUGCGUAAGCUUAAGCUCAUCGGCAGCUUCAAUGAAUGGAAUGUGUAAGUUUGAUGAGUUACCAACACCGAUAAUCGCAACGUUUAUCAUUUUUAAUUCGUUGUAGUAAGC